AUGAAGCCAGUGCCCACCUCGAGCAGUAUCGGUUCCGCCGUUCGAAUGCUGCACAUCACGAAGAUACGCAACAUGUCUGCCACUUUCAACGUCUGGCAAAGGAAUCGAAAGCUCCAGACCAUCAACCAUGAGCUCAGCACUCUUCGAAACUUUUCUGGUUAUACUCGUCUUAACAACAAGGAGCAGAAAAAUGAAGAGCUCCCGUCCUUUAGCUUUGAAGGUCUGGGGAUGAGUAGAAAUGUAAAGGUCUUUGUCAUUGUUGUCUUGAGCAUUUUCGGCACAAUUGAGACUUGGGUCUGGUGCAAGGGCAUUUAUCGUUGGUGGAAUGGCCCUUCAGAGAAGGAAAAGAAACAGGCUUGA